AAAUAUUCAGCCAACUUCAGUUUAGUAAACUUGUUUGGCUGUCGGCUUUUCAAUAUUAAUAAAAUUUAUAAAUUUUUACUGGUUAUAAAAUAAAAAAAAAUUAUUUAUUUAUUGAAAGCUUAUUCUCAAGAUAAUAAACCAUGGUUUUAACCAAAGAAUAUCGUAUUUGUAUGCCGCUGACUGUUGAAGAAUAUCGCAUUGGACAACUUUAUAUGAUUGCCAGACACAGUCAUGAGCAGUCAGACAGUGAUGAAGGUGUUGAAGUUGUUGAAAAUACUGAAUGUGAAGAUCCUGUUCACGGUAAAGGACAAUUUACUGAAAAAAGGAUCCAUCUCUCCAACAAAUUACCAUAUUGGAUUCAAGCGUUGAUACCACGAAUUUUUUAUGUCACAGAGAAAGCAUGGAAUUAUUAUCCUUUUACUAUAACAGAAUAUACAUGUUCCUUCCUACCAAAAUUCCAAAUAUCAAUAAAAACACGUUAUGAAGACAACAAUGGUUCAUCUGAAAAUUGCUUAGGAUUGACUCCUGUAGAAUUAAUUCACCGAGAAGUAGAUUUUAUCGAUAUUGCAUAUGAUGAAUUAUCAGCAAAGCAUUACAAAGAAGAAGAAGAUCCAAAAUUUUUCCAAUCUAAAAAAACAGGUCGAGGACCACUGAUUGAAGGCUGGCGUGAAAGUACGCAACCAAUAAUGUGUUCUUACAAACUUGUUGAUGCUUCAUUUGAAGUUUGGGGAAUGCAAACUCGUGUAGAAGAUUUUAUUCACAAGUGUAUAAGAGAUAUUUUGCUGUUGGGUCAUCGGCAAGCAUUCGCUUGGAUCGACGAAUGGCACGAUAUGUCUCUCGAUGAUGUCCGUCAGUAUGAAUCAAAAAUGCACGCAGCAACAAACGAAAAGAUUCAACCUAAAACAGAGGCAGAAAAUUCGUCCCAACCGGCCACGCCAUCAGGAUCAAUUCCAUCUUCUCCAAAAAGUCCCACCGGGUCUGCUAAUCGUUCUUGGUUUUCGUGGUCAUAACUGAGAUGGUAUUAAAGUGUGACUUAUCUCUGUAAAUAUCAUUUCAAAUUUAUUUUAAUUUAAUAACAUUAAUUACAAACUGUUUAAUAAAUAAUACUAAAGUUAGCCGAU